CGAUUGCCGAUUGUCGGCCGUCCUUUCCUCCUCCGCCGCGGCGGCGGCUCCGCCGACAACCUUCAGUAUUAUCAUCAGACAUCAACGAUUAAGAUUAUUUUGUGAGAGGAAACAACGCUAUUCACUGCCCCAUUUGCAAGUCGGAAUGCCAUAAAACUUCAUCGCCGGUGCGAGCAUCGUAGAGAACGGAGGAGUGUAAAUGUGUAAUCACGAUUUUAGGACAGCAACUGCUAUGCAACCCUCCCAAAAAAUGGGUAUGGAGUCAAACGAACCCUUAACACCCGCUGGCCGGUUGUUCGUACAACCAGCCACCGAACUAGUCAUCAACUGUGUCCUCGGAAUCGACCAAUCAGUUGGUCUAGAAACCGUACAUUCAGUAGUAUCCAAUUCUCUCAUUGUAAAACAUCCUAGGUUCACCAGCCUGUUGGUCACGGACAAACACGGUCGUGAACGGUGGAAAAGAGUAGACAUAGAACUCGACCGCCACAUCAUCUUCGUCCCUGACCCUGUCAACGACGACAACAGCGAUGAUGACGAUGAAGUGGCAGUCAACGACUACCUAGCGAAUUUAACCGUGUCUUGUCCGUUGAGCACGGACAAGCCGUUAUGGGAGAUGCAUGUUUUAGAUGCACACAAGUGUGUGGUGAUACGGUUCCAUCACGCGCUCGGUGAUGGCGUUUCGCUUCUAUCGUUGUUGUUGACGACGUGUAGGAGAGUUAGUGAUGGUGAGAAGGUACCGACAGUCGAAACGACUUCGUCGGCUGUGAGGAACAGUAGAGAGGGUGCUGGAAUAUGUGGAUGGUUGAAAAUGAUGUGGUUGACGUUGGUUUAUAUGGUGGAGUUUUGUAUGACGUGUUUGUGGGUUCGGGAUAAGGAGACGGUGGUGAGAGGCGGAGCAGGGGUGGAGCUGUGGCCGAGGAAACUGGCGACUGCUAAGUUUAGCCUUGAUGAUAUGAAAACGGUUAAGAGUGCUGUCGUCAAUGCGACGAUCAACGACAUCCUUUUUGGUGUAAUAUCAUCUGGGCUAUCAAGAUAUUUGGAAAAUCAUUCAACAAAACCUCUUCGAGAAGGGCUUCAAAUCACUGGUGCAGCCAUGGUUAAUCUCAGAAAAUCAUCAGGACUGCAGGAAACCACAGAACUAAUGAAUAAAAAUUCAGGAUCAAGGUGGGGAAACAAAUUUGGUAUGAUGCUCUUACCAGUUUACUACCAUGCAAGGGGGUCAGAUCCUCUUCAGUAUGUAAAGAGAGCCAAGAUUAUGAUUGAUAAUAAAAAGCUUUCUUUAGAGGCUUUUCUUUCUUACAAAAUUGGCUACUUUAUUAUGAAAUGCUUAGGAGCAAGGUUUGCUAGCUUGCUUAAUUACAGGAUAAUUUGUAACACUACUUUCACAAUUUCGAAUCUUGUUGGCCCGAAAGAGAGGAUCAUGAUUGCAGGGAUCCCAGUUACCUACAUAAGAGCAACGAGUUCAAGCUUAGCACAUGCAAUUACUAUGCAUAUGGUGAGUUAUGCAGGAAAGGCUGACAUGCAAAUUCUUGUUGCUAAGGACAUCAUACCUCACCCAGAAAUAUUAGCAAAAUAUUUUGAAGAUGCACUUCUUGAAAUGAAAGAAGCAGCAUUAGCAGCGAAACUACCCGCCAAAUGCCCACAAAAUUCUGGGUAAAAUUAAGAUGUAAAAUAUAACCUAAUUCGUAUGUGUAAGGGUGCAUGUUCGAAUCUUGGUUUCUAAUAACAUUGAUAGUUUUAAGAAAAUAUCAUUUGAAGUAUCAAA